AUGUCAGGCGCUCACUCUCCACCGCGUUAUCCGCCUACCCGCACUCCGCCCUCUCCCUUUGACCGUCUGCCAAAUGAGAUUUUAAUGGAAAUCUUCAAGGCCUUCUGGGAUCUGAGGCUGGAAUGUUAUCUUUGGCACGACAAUCCCGGAUCUCUAGCAGCCCUUCCCCUUUGUUCCGUGUCUCGACGCUGGCGCGAGGUCGCUCUUGCUGUUCCCUGGCUCUGGUCAUACAUUCAAGUCCAAACACCGGCCGAUGUCGAGUGGAUGAAGUUCGCAAGGACGCGCUCGCGACAUCACCCAAUCACCCUUUCGGUCGAGAUUGCCAACGAGUACGAUUUCGCCGCGGUGCUCCCAGCGCUCGAGGAUUGUCGUGGGCUGAUAUGCGACCUGAGUAUCAGCCUGUCCGAUGAUGACGGUGCUUGGGAAGAUGCUAUGGACGAUGGUGUAAAGCUUGCGGAUUUGACCAUGGACUUUCUCAACGCCGGAAUGCCUGCCUUGGUAGUUCUCGCCGUCAGCAUACCCGACUGGCCAGAGCUGGAGUCCCCGGUAGCCUUGCUCACGCUGGACGCCUCUCAAGUCCCCCGUCUUCGCGAGCUCGAAGUCUGCAACCUCCAGCUGUCAUGGAUGCCCGAUGUACUCGCUAGGCUGCGCAGGCUGUCCAUGGGAACCGUUCGGGGCGACCAAGUUCUCCAGCCUUCCGAGUUCCUGGAUGUUCUCGCGAUUGCCCAGCAGCUCGAGGACGUGUCUAUGGAGGACGGAAUGCCCUUCGACGAUUACGCAGAGGUGAUCGCGCAGGAUAGACCCGACGAGCCCAUCACAAUCCCAAACCUGCGCAAGCUCGACAUCCAUGACGAGGCCUGGUUCGUCUUGGCCCUUCUGCAGGGCGUACGCCUGCCUAUCGGGAUCGAUGCGGAUUUAGAGGUAUACGUGCCCAUGCAGUGGACCCGGGAGUCGCUAUCAGAGAACAAAACCUCGGGCCUGCUGCCAAUGUCUAUUCCGGACGACCCCGCCAACGUGCAUUUCCUGGAGACCACAACCUCCGCAGAUAUUGACGUCCCUCCAGGCGCGAGUGAGGAAUAUGCAUACGUCUAUUGCGACAGUGCGGACAAGGGACGCUUCCACAUCACGCUCCGCUUCUUCGCCUACGAAGAGCCACCUUUCGUACGCGCCCAGUGCAUCCUCGAGGACUUUAGGGUCCUCUUCCGCCGCGCGCCCCUGCGAGAGCUCUUCGUCACAUGCAACCUCGGCCGUAUCUCGCACGACCUGUGGGUCGAGGUGUUCCGCACCUUCCCCUCGCUCUGCGAGCUGCACUUCUCUGGAGAAGGUUACCCGGGGCAGUUGCUGGCUGCCCUCACCGCCCGCCCGACAGGGGGGACCGCGUCCGCGCAGGCCUCGCAUCCUUUGCUUUUGCCGGAUCUGAUGACGUUCACCCUCAAGGAUUUCCCGUGGCAUCGUGAUCUAUUCGGGGCGAUCGUGCGCACUUUCGAGGGGCGGGCGACAUCAGGCGGCUCGAGGAUGCGGGAGGUACGCGUGGAACUUUGCGGGAGAGAGGAGGACUCGCAUUUGAACAGUAUACUUCGUAGCGAUCUUGCCGCGCUGAGAGAACACUGUGAUGUAGUUGUGUAUAAGGACGCGGAGUAG